CUUCUAUCAGCAGAAACUGAUAUAUUCGUUGAGAUUUAUUUGGCUUGACCAUCGAAACCGUCAAUUGUUCUUUUCAGUACUCUGAGUCUUCGAGCUUGACUUGUUCAUUUUGAUUGAGCAUCCGGCUCGGCUUUUACGUCAUAAAUCUAUACUCUACUAGCAGACCGACGAGAAUUUACAAUGGUUCAUCCUACCUCCACCUGUUGCAAAACCUCCGGAGACGGAUCCUGCGUUUGCGCAGCUCAAGCCAAAUGCUCCUGCGGCAAGGAGAGCGCUCUUCAUUGCACCUGCAACAAGGCAUCUACUGAGAACACUAUCUCUGGGGCUCGGUGCUCAUGUAGGGCCCGCCCAGCUGGACAAUGUACCUGUGAACGCGCACCAAGUGAGAACCAUCCCGUAUCGGGUGAGGCUUGCGCAUGCGGCAAAAGACCCUCUUGUUCCUGCACUUGUGAGAAGGCUGAAGCUGUUGACGCAGCUGUCGAGAGCAUUGAAACUGAUUUCACGUCCCGCUUCCGGUCAUGAGUGUUCUUUUCAUAUUUCUUUCUCAGUUGCUAUUUUGUCAUCAAAUUUGUUCCUGGAGUUCUUAUAGGGUGUUGGGUUGGUGCUCGAGACUACAUCACGACUUAUUGAUUGUAUUGCUAUGAACGAUUUGCAUCAGCAGUGGAUAUGGUCCUGCCAAGUUUACUCGUUAGAAUAAUAAAAUAUGAAUGUUUGCUCCAA